AUCCCGAUAUCGCGAGCAACGCGAUAUUCUGGUUUUGUGGUUAAUUUUCACUAUUUACAACAGCUAUCAAAUAUCAAGUCGAAAUGGGCAAACAUUCCGGACAAUCUUCUGUCGGAGGCUUCCUGAAAGGUCUCUACAGUGAUUCCUACAAAUGGGACAUCAUAAAAAGCAUCGGCUUCUUCGCGCUGGGGAUUAAGGUGGCGCAAUCGUUCGUUGGGGUUGAAAUAAUGCCGUCGAUGCCCCAAUAAUAUGUUAAAUUAAUUAAGCGUUAUCAUUUGAAAGUUAAAUUGAUUAAAUGAAAUAUAUAGUAUUUAUAUAACCCCAAAAA